AUGAAACGAGAACAAACUAUCUUGGCUAUUGUCAAUGAAACAACCAGUAAUAAUUACAAAGCUGAUAUUUGGCCAGAAAUUAUGUCGGUUAGUCGCAUACCAGAAUUAGCCGAACAAGUGCUAUUAACCAAUGAGCAUGAACGUUUGCAGUUAGCAAUAGAAAAACUACAAAACAGGUACGAGCUUCAACCCCAUCGUGUCCGAAUCCAUCAACUGAUUCCAUUAAUAAAGAUAUGUUUGACGUGCCAUAAUCGAUUGGGAGAACCAAAGUUCGAUGAGAUUAGUACUAUCAUUGGACGUGAUAAUGUUUAUCAGUGUCUGUUAUAUAAACAUGAGUGCUGUGAUUUCAUUUAUAAAUACGGACAUGCUAGCAAUCGGCGAACACGUGAACGAUUUGUGACGCCUGAUGCAAUUUUUAAACAAGAAUUUAUUCAUUUGUUUGAUCAUCUUAUCUAUGAACGUGCAUUGCUUAUAUCAUUCACAAAUCUUGUUAAUGAAGCGGCAUCGAAUUUUCAAUCGUACACGAAAGCAACUAACGUAAACAUCGAUCAAAAUCGAAAUUUUAAUAAGGAAGCCCCUAUCAACAGUAAACUCUGUUCAAAAUACCUUGCAACAACAUGGAUAUGGUUUGAGAUCUGUCGAUUUCUGUUUUUCAUGACAAAUUCCGAAAAUAUUCAAAUUCCCGAUAUUAUUCAGCGUGUAUCACAUGGUCUGUACUAUGAAGCCAACAGCAAAUUUUUUUAUGAAACUUUCAUAAAAUUCUGGUCCCGUCAUGGACAAGUUCAAGGCUGCCAGUGUCAAGCAAAAGAUCAAUGUAUGCUCAAUUCUGUCUUCGACACACAUAUGAAAGCACACCGUCUAGCUUCUAGUAGUUUUCAAGUGCACAGGCAAAAACAGCCAGAAUAUGAACAAGAAGAUGAUGAUAUUGAAGAAACGAACAGUGAAUAA